ACGUCCAACAUGGCGGACAACUGAACUUAAAAAGUGAACUUGAAGAAAAUAAGUUUUCCUGGCAAAAUGAAAGACAGUAUUAGUGAAGAUGAUAUUAGAAAAGCUCUGAAGAAGCAACUUGAAUAUAUUGACAAAGACGAUGUUCCAGUUAUUAAACCCAAGAAAAAGAAGAGRAGUGACAAAACAAACGACGCAAAGAACAAGAAGAGAAAGAUUUCAAAAGAAGAAGACAAGUUGAGCGACGCGGUUUCAUUAACAAUAAACAAUACAGAUACACAAAGACCACCUARACCUCCACCAAGAGUAAUUGUUUUCGAGGAGCCAGGAAAAUCAAAAGAAAAAAACACAAGUCAGAGUUCUAGKAAAUUGAAAGAUAAAAAUACAGAAGACUCAGAGGACUUAGAUUUUCUAGAAAUAGCAAGAGAUGUUAAGGAAUUUGGUAUGACUGGAUUCAGUAAAAAAGAAAGAAGAAAAUAUGAACAGCAAAAAGCUCAGGCUUUGGGUGCAAAGGCACCUAAAGGAGCUAARAUGCCAUACAAUAUCCUAAUAGCCCACCAGAAAAAACAGAAACAAAAAGAAAUGAAACGUCUAAAACUGGAAAAAGCUAUGGGGAUGUCAACCAAGAAAAGUAAAAACAAAACCAAAAAGAAAGAWAACCCAACAAGUUCCACUGGCUGGUGGUCAGACARGUCUAGUAAAGGGCUUGAUGCCUCAAUAGGAAGAUACAAGAAAGGAGUCCAAGUGCUCAGUCAGAGUGAUAUUAAGAAAAUUAAGCAAAGAACAAAAUAAAAUGCUUGAAUUGUUGUAUAAUUUAAUAAUAAAAUAAAUAUUUUUAAUUGUUUAGUCAUUUGAGCAUUUCCACACAACCUCGGCCC